CCCUUCCUCAAACGGAUCUCUAGAUGCCAAUGGCGGGUCAUAAUCUCACCAGGAAUCUCUCUCUCUCACACACCUCUGCCAUCCCUGGAUGUCUCCAUGGCAUGUCUCUGGCCUGACCUCAUGGGAGAGUUCGCUGGGAUUUGCAGGCCUCUCUCCGCACAGCCAAAACACAAAGAGCCAUUCAUGGCCCAGAGUGGCCUCAUUCAUGACCACUGAGUUAUUUGCCGGUAGAAUUCCUUAUUGUUUGGUUUCUUGCAUCUCUGAGCUCUCUCAUGACAUAAAUUACGCAGAAGGUUGUUUCUUGUACUUGAAGGUAGAUAAAUGUUAUGUCUUGUCUAGAGAGCGUUCCAUGGAUGGUAUAUGCAUAAGCUUCCCACACCACACGUCAACCAACUUUUCACCAUUACAAUUAUAGUUCAAAUCCCCUUUUGUCCCAUAUCUUGUUUGCAUAAAGAGCAGCUUUUCGCAAGACCAUGACCCGUUUGUGGCGCAAGGAAAGGGCCCAGGUUGUUGUGUAGCAUUGUGGUGACACUUUGUCCAGUCUUUCUCCCCAGUGGACUUGUCAUUAUCGAUAUUGUUGUUGUCAGCUGUCAGUGUUUUGAAUUUGGAAUUGAACCUUUUUUCCUGGGUGGUAUGAAGACUAUGUUCAAAGAAAAAAGUUGACAAGAACACCUGGCUGUACAGCUCUGAAAAAAACAUGUUGAUCUCUGUGGUAUCAGACAUUCACUUUUUUCAUAUGACAUAUGGAAAGUACUUGAACUGUUUGCCAGUGGCGCUCUCCUCCUGACCAAGUAGGUAUUUACUGUGUGUGUGUACGUGUGAGUGCACGCUUGUAUGCAAAUGUGUGAGAAACUUUGCGCACAUUCAGCUACACACACGCACACACAGUAAAGCGUGUGUGUGAGUGUUGGCGCACUGUCACACUGGGAGUGUUUGUCAUUCCAGCGUCACAGGAGCUUGUUGCACAAUGGCCUCUGUUGAAAGGGCUCUGUUGUGGCCCCUUGGUGUGGGCCUACGCUGCAGCACUGCAAUAGGAAUGACUACAGAGUACAGAGUGCAGAGCACAGCCUCACAGGCCUGGGAGGGGAAGAAGGAGUGGAGAAAGUGCUUAGGCCUGCCCACUGUUGACCCAGAGGUUGUGCAAUGCAACUCCAUGCCUCAGUCAGACUCAGUCAGGCUCUUUGAGCUGGAUCUACAAAGGAGAGACACACAUGAGAGGCUUAGCUCAGUAAAGCAAGGCAAAGCAACCACUGGUACAAGGAGUAUAGUGGUCAGGUUAUGGUUAAAGGGGUAUGCCAGCACCUAACAAGGAGACAGGAUGACUACUACUGGUUGGCUGGACUGCAGUAAGCAGAUGGACAGUGUCUCUGUGAGGACUGGGUGCUCUAUGGAUCUACAUGUACAUGUCCGUUAGGAGCAGCCUGCAUUCCCCCAGUCUCUGUCACAGCAUGGCCCGAAACAAGGCUUACUGGGGACAGCCACAUGGCACAAACAGCCUGUGCUUUAGCCUGGAUGCUGACGACGCGAUGGAACACAACUUGAGAGAGCAUCACCAACACCACACAGUGUCCCAGGGCUUUGACAACAAGAUGCCCCAGCCCUACCAUCUACUGUACUCUAGCAGCCAUCCCUUGACCUCUCACUCCACCAGGCCCCGCCCUCCUGAGGGGGACCAGGUGGUCCCCUCCUUCCAGAGACUAUCAGUUUAUGAGCAGAGUCCGUCCUGCGGCCCCAAGCCCCUGCCCCCUCUCCCUGACCCAGAGGAUAACUCCUCAGAUGAGGCAGCGGAGAGCGAGGUGGAAUUCUUCAUCGACGAGAGGCAGCACCUACUUCCCCAGCGCUGCUCCACGAAUGCCCUGGCCCUCCACUAUGGCGCCACCGGACGACGAAGCUUCAGGGGCUGUGGCCAGGUCAACUAUGCCUACCUUGAGGGGCCCCCCGGGGCUAGCGGCUCGGCUAAGGGUGGAGCCCAAAGUGGAACCCAGGAGCAGCAGGCCCAGUUUGGGGGACAGAGAGGGCCAGGGGCCGUGGUGGUAGCAGUGAGGGACAUUUCUAGUAAGCAACCAGAUCGGCCCCAAUGGUCCAAGUUGCGGCGCUCCCACUCGGGCCCUGCAAGCUCCUUCAAGCCCUCUGGCCUGCGCCAGUCGUGCCACCUUCACCACCACCACCAUGGCAGCUACAGGGGCAACCCCCAGCUGGACAAGCCUGAAGUUCCUCCCCGCAUCCCCAUCCCCCCACGCCCCUCCAAGACUGCCAACUGCCACCGUUGGUCUGUCACCGAGGACCAAGACAAGGACAAGCCUCCCAAAGUCCCUCCCAGGAAACCGAUAGCGCCCCCUUGUGGCUCCUGUUGCACCCCUAGUCCCAAGAGCCUACCUAUAUACGUGAAUGGGGUGAUGCCCCCUACGCAGAGUUUCGCCCCCAACCCCAAAUAUGUCAGCAAGGGCCUCCAGAGGCCACAACAGCAGCAUAGGGAGGGGUCCACUGGGCCCUUGGUGGGCCCACGCUCCCCCUGUAUCGUGCCUAUCAUGGAGGAUGGCAGGAAAGCCAGCGCCACGCACUAUUUCCUCCUACCCCGGCGGCCAUCCUACAUGGACAGGUUAGAAAGGUUCUUGAGGGAGAAGGAGGCAGACAGUGUCCAGCAACACUCCCAGCUCAGAGUGGGGUUGCCAGAACAGGCAGAAACCUCCUGUCAUCAUAUAGAGCUUCAGCAUUGCGGAAAGCUUGAAGACUGACCCCCCACACACUAAUGUGCAUCUUUAAUUAUAGUGGAAAUAGGGUGCCAUUUCGGGACGAACCCUUAGUCAUUCAGUCUAGGGUGCUACCACUAAAACUUUUCCCACCUCACUUGAUGCAACAAACAGAAUUUUCGCAAAGAUAAACCAUAGAUGCCUGGAGGCUUCAAGUGUCAGAUCUGUACUGUCACUGUAUUCAAACAGAAAACAGUGUGAUGGAUUGGUAUAAGGUGUUUUUUGUUGUGCUCUGUGAGUAGUGUUUUGUUAAAUGGUAUGGGUUAACUGAAGACAUGCAAGUGAAACAUUUGUUGUACGUUAUUUUGCUGUUGAAAGACCAAUCUGUUGAGGGAUUAAUUUGAAGGUAUCGGUUUACUAGACAUGUUUAGUUUUAAACUAAUCGAUCUAGGUCUAGUUGGUCCUUACUGUUCAUGGUUAUGUAUCAACUAAUGUAAAAUGUUCUACUCAAUGUGGGGAAAGGUCUAUUUAUAAUAUUCCAAGUCUAGGGAGUAUAUACCCACUAAUUAGCUGUUCACAAAAAAUAUGUAUAGAAAUCGUCCCUUUUCAGCCGGAGUCGUAUUAACUAGUCACCAAAUGGAAGAAACCCGACCGAAACAGGGAGGGACUACCUGAACUUGUCCAAUAAGAAACAUUCAUUUUCGUUUUCUGUUGGUAAACGCUUUGCUAGUGUGUGCACUGAUGAAUAUGACCCAGUAUGACCAGAGUUGGACGUCACAAAGAUUUCCCCCCUAGUAGGCAUCCUAUUGGAUUACCUGACACAUUUUUACAGUGGAUGGCCUUGACUCAGAAAUGUUAUAUUUUUAUUCAUUUAGCAGAUGCUCUUAUCCAGAGCAACUUUUACAUCUUAAGAUAGCUAUGUGGGACAACCACUUAUCCCAGUAAGUCAAUGUUUCCUAAACAAAGUCAGAGAUAGUAAGGCCCAUUAAAAGGCCCAAUGCAGCCAUUUUUAUACUAAACAUUUUACUAAACAACUAAACAUUUCACUGUGUCAUGGGUUUGGGUUAAAAGGUGGGUAAAAAAAAAAAUCCUUUACAUUGAUGACUUUAAAAAUCCAAUCAGUUUUUUGAGUUGAUUCAAUCCAAUCAGUUUUUUUUGAGUUGAUAAAACACAGGAAAAACACAGAGCCUUUAACAAUGAAUGGAGAUUGGGUCGCUCCUCCAUUUCGAACAGCUGGUCUGUUUUCAAGUAUUACACAAAGUGGAUGUUGUGGAUUUUUUGAUUCUAUAAAUAAGUCUCUCUCUCAUAAUUGUAUCUACUUUUUUCAUUCAACAUUAUUUAUAUUAUCACAAUUUGGCCAAGUUUAACUCUUGAUUUCACCUCACAGUAUUUUCUUUGUAAAUGUAUUUGAAAAGUGCCUAUAUUAAAGGGAGAUAGAAUGAGGGUGUGAUAUUAGUUGUAUUGGUUACCCUUCCUUAUCCAGUCAUUUCCCGCCCAAUGAUAAGGUAAAUACUAUGGAUUUAUAUCUGUACUUAAAUUGUUAUGAGUUGGUAGGGCUACUUAAUAUGAUCAAUGCAAUUAACAUGGAAUAUAAUUCAUUAUAGUAUUUUUUAAGGACUGUAUGUAUGGUGACUUUGUAGUUUGUACAAUUGUGUAUUACAGCAUACAUUUAUUUUAAGGGAUAGUGCAUGAGAUUGAUAACCAUUUAGAUUAGCCAAUUUCAUGACUUCAAUUACCAAACUAUAUUAUUUCAAAUGGAUAUGGGGUAUUUACAUCGUUUUUUUUGGGGGGG